AUUGUUACUGAGGGCCCACAGAACCGUUACUUAGGGCCACAGAAACGUUACUCAGGGACACAGAAAUUGUUACUGGAGGGCCACCCAGAACCUUUACUUAGGGCCUGCAGAAACGUUACUCAGGGACACAGAAUUGUUACUGAGGGCCACAGAAACCGUUACUUAGGGCCAAAGAAUUGUUACUCAGGGACACAGAAUUGUUACUCAGGGACAGACACAGAAUUGUUACUCAGGGACACAGAAUUGUUACUUGAGGGCCACAGAACCGUUACUUAGGGCCACAGAAUUGUUACUCAGGGACACAGAAUUGUUACUGAGGGCCACAGAACCCGUUACUUAGGGCCACAGAAUUGUUACUCAGGGACAGACACAGAAUUGUUACUCAGGGACACAGAAUUGUUACUGAGG